GAUCCUCCAUCUCCUCACAGGAAUCUAUGGACUUUGUAACAGAUCCCAUCGAGGAAUGGGGGGAGACGUGACAGGCUUCGUGUGGACCCUCACACUCAUCCUCUUCAUCCAGUACGAAAUUGCUGAAGGCGUGCCGAGGCCCCGAGACACCACCAUAAGGAAUUGUUCUACCAGCCCCCCACAUGUUCCACCAACUGCAAAAAACUCCACAGAAGAUCUGAAUAAUCUUCGCCAACAAAUGAGAAUAAACAACAUCUCUGCGUACAUUAUCCCGGCCACCGACCCGCACUUGGGGGAAUACACAGCGAUCCGCGAGAAACGGAGACAAUGGCUGACGGGCUUCAUGGGAUCCUCAGGUAGCGCAGCGGUCACUCUGACCCGAGCCGCCGUCUUCACCGACAGCCGCUAUUGGACCCAGGCGGAGCGGGAGAUGGACUGUAACUGGGAACUUCAGAAAACACUCUCAGCUUCUGAAAUUGUUUCCUGGAUCCUACAAGAACUGAAGGACGGAGAAGAGAUCGGCUUCGACCCUUUCCUCUUUUCCAUUGACGAGUGGCGAUCCUUCGACAGUUUACUGCAGGAUUCUGGGAAGAUUCUCCGCUCCAUUCCUAACAAUCUGGUGGACGUUGUGUGGGGGAGUCAGCGGCCGGCUCUUCCGGACAAUGAAGUCUAUUCCAUUCCCGCUGAGUUUGUAGGCAGCACCUGGCAGGAAAAAGUGACCGAUAUCCGGAAACAAAUGGAACAACAUUCCCAGAAGCCGUCGGCGGUGCUGCUGUCAUCUCUGGAGGAAAGUGCAUGGCUCUUCAAUCUCCGAGGACAAGAUGUCUCCUAUAAUCCUUUCUUCUACUCCUACUCCCUGCUGAGCAGCGAUUCUAUCAGUUUGUUCGUGAACGUCAGCCGGAUUACCAGCAGCGUCCGCACCUACCUGACCACCAACUGCCCGGGAUCAACCUGCGUACAGAUCCUGGACUACGAAAAGGUGCGCGAGACCUUGGCGGAAUAUGUGAAAGGGGAUGUGAAAGUAUGGAUCGGAUCUAGGUACACCAACUAUGGCGUAUACGAGGUUAUUCCAAAGAAUAAACUGGUGUCUGAUGAUUAUUCUCCGGUCAUGAUGACAAAAGCCGUGAAAACGGAGAAAGAGCAGGAAUUAUUGAAGCAAUGUCAUAUCCGGGACGCCGUGGCGGUCGUGGAAUACUUACUUUGGUUGGAGAAAACUGUUCCGAAUGGUGUGGUGACUGAAAUAAGUGGAGCAAAUUAUGUGGACGGGCUACGGGCGAAACAAGCGCAUUUUAAAGGUCCAAGUUUUGGCACCAUUUCUGCAGGAGGUCUCAACGCCGCGCUGCCGCACUACAGGCCAAAUAAUCAAACUGACCGAGAACUGACUGAGAAGGAAAUGUAUCUGGUGGACUCUGGGGGGCAGUACUAUGAUGGAACGACUGACAUCACGAGGACGGUUCACUGGGGGACACCGACUGACUUUGAAAAGGAGGCCUACACCCGGGUCCUGAUGGGAAAUAUCGAGCUCAGCAAACUGGUCUUUCCACCUCGCACUCCCGGUAGAACCAUUGAAGCAAUAGCCAGACAGGCCUUGUGGGAAGUCGGCCUGAACUAUGGCCACGGCACAGGACACGGGAUAGGAAACUUCUUUUCUGUCCAUGAAUGGCCAGUGGGAUUACAGACCAACAACAUUGCUUUGACAAAAGGAAUGUUCACCUCCAUCGAACCCGGUUACUAUCAUGAUGGAUAUUUUGGGAUCCGGAUUGAGGAUAUUGCGGUGGUGGUGGAAGCCGAGACCAAGAAUACAUUUGGAGGGGAGAAGUAUCUCACAUUUGAGACGAUCACCUUAGUCCCCUAUGACAGAAAGUUAAUUGACACCAGUCUGAUGACCCAAGCUCAGAUUAAACACGUAGACAAACAUUACGAGAAGAUCAGGAAAAUUCUUGGACCUGAGUUACAAAAACAAGAACUUCAUGAAGAGUAUAAAUGGCUGGAGAAGAACACGCAGCCCUUGUCCCACGGGACCUUCACGGUGGCCUCUCUCGGUCUCCUCACCAUGACCUUCAUCUCCAACCUGUGUCUACAGCAGACGAUGGUAUAAGACAGAAGCCCAGAGAAUAACAUGGCCGUCAUCCUAUAUACACACCAUGACGUCACCUAUAAUACUGACCUCGUAAGGUAGAUCUGCGGUUAAUACAAACUGGAUGGAGCCGUCUAAUGGGCUGAAGAAGGAUUUAAAGAGGUACUCUGCCCCUAGACAUCUUAUCCCCGCCACUGGGGACCCCCGCAAACUUGGCCACGGCACCACAGACAUCCGGUGCUCAGAGCGAACUUCGCUCCGUGCCUGAUGACUGGAGAUGUGGUGCGGAGGCUCGUGAGAUCACGGCCACCCCCCCUCAAUGCAAGUCUAUGGGAGGGGGCGUGAUGGCAGUCACUCUCCCUCACAUAUACUUGCAUUGAGGGGGCGUGGCCAUGACAUCAAGAACCUCCCACUGCACCUGACGAUCUAAACAAACAUUGGGUGCAGCAGAGAGAUCACGGGGGUCUCCAGAGGUGGGGAUAAGAUGUCUAUGGGCGGGGUAAACCUUUAAGUCUCCUAUCACAGUGCACUGGCCGGGGGCACCUCAUACAUCGUGCCUGGGAUCAUCGAUGGUGGAAGAAGAAGACUAAGAGGUCUGGUCCAAUAAAACUCCAGUUUAUUACAGGGACACUUCAAGAUCCAAAUAAUGUCCCAAAUAAUAAAUAUAUCC